GUAGUUGUAUUUAUUUUGUAAUACUGGAUUCUUGGGCGUACGUCGAAAAGACUUUUUGAUCAAAUCUAAAGCAGUGAAAGUUGGUUGAUUGAAAGAAGAAGGGGGUUACUUUUGACAAGUUUUGUAACGACGGGAAAUUAACUAUUGACUGUCCAAUGGGGGAUACAAAUCUAACAGCUAUUCUGUAUAAACAGGGAGACCUAAGAUUGGAAGAUGCUACAGUAAAAGAACCAGGACCAGGACAGGUACAACUUAGUAUGCGUGAUGUCGGAAUCUGUGGUUCAGAUGUUCAUUACUGGACACACGGGGCUAUUGGGGACUUUAUUGUCAAGGCACCAAUGAUAUUAGGACAUGAGGCAUCUGCUGUUGUUACUAAACUAGGAGCUGGGGUAACAAGCCUAAAAGUCGGUGACCGAGUGGCUAUUGAACCUGGUGUACCGUGUAAAUGUUGUAAGUUCUGUAAAAAAGGAAGAUACAAUUUGUGUCCUGAUAUGAGUUUUUGUGCAACACCACCUAUCGAUGGAAAUCUUUCACGAUUCUAUUGCCAUGAUGCUGACUUCUGCUACAAAUUACCUGACCAUGUAAGUAAUGAAGAAGGUGCGUUAUUGGAACCAUUAUCUGUCGGUGUACACGCUUGUACAAGAGCAGGUGUUACUUUAGGAUCUAGAGUAUUUAUUUGUGGAGCAGGGCCAAUUGGUUUGGUGAAUCUUUUAACUGCAAAAGCAAAAGGUGCAGCAGAAGUGAUCGUCACAGAUAUUGAUGCAUCAAGAUUAGAAUUUGCUAAAUCAUUAGGAGCUGACCAUAUUGUACUAGUAACAAGUAGAGAUCCGAUAGAUACAGCUAAUAAAGUAGAGGCUAUAUUAGGGGAUAAAGCAGAUAUAACUAUAGAAUGUAGUGGUGCUCCAUCUAGCAUCAGAACAGCUAUAUUUGCAACUGCUCCUGGUGGAUGUGUUGUAUUAGUUGGUCUUGGACCAGCAGAUGUUGAAUUACCUAUAGUCAAUGCUGCUGUAAGAGAAGUUGAUAUUCGUGGUAUAUUCAGAUAUGUCAAUUGUUAUCCAACUGCCUUGGCUAUGAUUGCUUCUGGAAAGGUGAAUGUCAAACCAUUGGUAACACAUCGAUUUAAACUUGAACAGACUUUGGAAGCUUUUGAAAUGGCAAAGCAGGGUAAAGGUGUGAAAAUUAUGAUAAAUUGUGAAAAAUAAAGAAAAAAAUUGGUCCUAUAAAUAUGUAUAUGUAUAUUUUUUUAAGUUUAUAACAUACAGUAUUUUCUAUAUUUCCCAAAGACUAUAACCAACAUGCAUAUCAUAAUUUCAUUUUUAAUUAGCCUACUUAUAGCCAUACUCCCUUUGCAGAAAUUGAUAAUUGUAAUAACCAAGCAUUUUAAUUGCACUCAUCUCUUUGUUUUUGUUAUAAGGUACUUUCAUUUUAAUUAUUAAAAUUUAAAACUAAUGGCAUUCCUUAAUUAUUGUUGAUAAUAUUAUUAUGUUAAUUAAUCUCAAAAUGAGUUAAUCCUACAGUAUAUAAAAUGGUGCAAUAAUUGAAAAUAAAAUAUUCUGGUUAUAUCUUU